ACCGAAUAUUUCAGAACACCUCCGAUCUAAAGAAGUUUUAUAUUUUUUGUUUAUUCGUGUCGUGCCCACAUAUUCACGCAGCAGCAGUAGAAACAUGAGGAUAUUUUUCUUUGAUUUAAUAUAACUAAACUCUGUUCCUCCGCCCUCUUUGGGGAAAAGUGCGUGUAAGUGGGUGUGUCGAGUGAGUUUAAAAUUUAUGAUGAGUUAAAGUUUGAUAAUGGCCAUGUGGACUCUCGCGGAGAAACAGGGUCAUCUGGAACUUCUCCUAAGCGACCGCUGGGUUCGGGUCUCCGCUGAACUCACCCGGGACACCCUCACACUCACGGCGGCGAGCGAAGCGAGCGAGCCCGCGGGCUAUCCGAAGCACAACUCUCACUUGAGAAACGGCCGUUCCAAUGGAAAUGAACUUAUUCGAGAGCUUUAUCCGAGCCCAGAUCGGCUCAACGGGACCGGCUCAGACUCGGACUCCAGCGGGUACUGUGACCCGGUGGGGCCGGAAGGGGUCCGGAGGGUUCUGAUAGUCAAACAGGAGUCCGGCGGGCUUGGGAUCAGUAUUAAAGGCGGACGGGAGAACCGCAUGCCCAUCAUCAUCUCGAAAAUCUUCCCCGGUUUAGCAGCCGAUCACAGUAGAGCUCUGCGCGUCGGCGACGCGAUCCUGUCCGUCAACGGCAGCGACCUCCGUGACGCCACGCACGACGCGGCGGUGCAGGCGCUGAAGAAGGCCGGGAAGGAGGUGACGAUGGAAGUGAAGUACAUCAGGGAGGUGUCUCCUCUCUUAAGGAAGUCCUCCAUGAGCGCAGAGCUGUCGUGGGACAGCCAUCUUCAGUCUCCAAACGUCAGUUGCAGCAGCGACGAUUCUCCCAAGAGCAGCACGUUCCGCGACAGGAAGAUCAUCCCACUGAAAAUGUCUUUCAUCAGCCGCAACCUCACCAUGGCUGACCUUGAGAACAGGUUGUUGGAGCUUCACUCUCCGGAUGGUCAGCACACUGUGGUGUUGCAGUGUAAAGACGGAGCAAUUGCUCACUCCUGGUUCACAGCCAUUCACACCAACAUCACUGCCCUGCUGCCUCAAACACUUGGCCUCAUCAACACCUACCUGAACAACACCAACACACAUUGCACGCUCAAACACAUCGGCUGGCUGGCAGAGCAGUUGGAGUUGGACGGCCAGCGACAUCAAUACAGACGCAUCGUCAUGGCGCUAACAGAGAAAGACAUCCUGCUCUUCCAGUCAGUGCCUUGGACGUACAAGAGCUGGACCGCCCCUCUCCUCACACACCCUAUACUCGAUACACGGUUGGUUCACUCGGGCAGCGUCCUCAGCUCUCCGGCUCUUGGUGGAGAUCUGGUAUUCACCACUCGUACAGGCACAGGUCAAGGAGUCGAGUCUCACGUGUUUCGCGUGGAAACUCACUGGGACCUGUCCACGUGGAUGCGAGCGCUGGUGCAGGGAGGACAUUCAGCUGCGGAGCUCAUCAAAGAAGUUUCUGUAGGCUGUGUGCUAAACAGACAGGAAGUGCGUCUAGUCUUGCAUUACGACAGGGGUUUCACUGUCACGCAGGAGUCUGGGGAGUCAGUGCUCCUUCACCUCCCGUACGAGCGGCUUAAAAUGUCUGCAGAUGAUGGGGUCAAAAAUCUCUACCUGGACUUCGGUGCUCCAGAGGGCGAGAUGGAACGCCACGUUUUCAAGACACCUGACGCUGUUUUUCAGUUGUUUUUCAAAUGUAAAAGUGCUAGACAGGAGCAAUUACACCCAGUAUUACACCUGCUUUUGCAUUUCCUGUUGCUGCUGGCACAUAGCUCGAGUCUGUGUUUGUAGCCAGCUCACCUGCUUAGCAUUGUUUAUUCUUCUGUUUUCUGCGUACCAUUGUUUAUUUUUUUCUUUCUUUUUUUUUAUGAAAUAUCUUUAAUCUUGGCCUUUUACUGCAUGCAUCUGUUUUUCCACUUUUCUACUUUUAUCGUGAUUCUACUGUGUGCAUCUGUUUUUUCCUCUGUUUUUACACGGUUUAUUGUAUCAAUAUCAAACCACUGCUGCUCAGGAACUACCAUAAUACCAACAAACAGCUGUGUUAGGGAUUCACAUCGAUCUUAAACACCUGCUGCUCAGGAACAACCACAACAACAAACAACUGCGGUAAGUCAUGGCAUCAGCACACGUUAUUGCUACUUGCACUGCAUGCCACAUGUUUAUGAUAGCUUCAUCCGUAUAUGAUAAAUAUAAGGAAUUAGUAAGGCUGACGGAGAAGAUUAAUGAGUAAGAGACAAGCAUCUGAACGCUAGUGGAGGUCAGUAAGAAAGAGAAGUUGGUAGAUAUUGUUUGGGAUACGGGUAGUACAGCGAGCAACACACACUUUGUUUCCGUGUAGUACAGCAAGCAACACACACUUCGGUUCCGGCAGUAGAACAUCGCAGCAGGAUGUUUGGGUGACGUCUUGGUGGCAUACUCAUUUAGCAUAGUGACCCCACUCUCUCAUUCCUGUUAGGAUUUCCAACAGAUUCUCCUUAUUCAGUGAUGCACCCACUGAGAAGCCUGUUGGAAGCACCCUGGUUAUAGGAGAUUCUAUUGUAAGGAACGUGGAAAUAGAGACACCUGCCACCAUUAUUAAAUGCUUGCUGGGGGCGAGAGUGUCUGACAUCAGAUCAGAUUUUCAAGUACUGGCUAAUGCUAAAUGUAGAUUUUCUAAGAUUGUUAUUCAAGCCAGCACUAACAAUGUCCAGCUCAAUGUGGUGAUGAGGUUUAUGGUAGAUUAGUGUUACUGAAUGGCUGGAUGUCUGAGUGGUGUCCGGAGAAUAGCAUAGGAUUUAUAGACAUUUGGAUGAGUUUUUGGGGUAGACCUGACCGGCUAAAGAGAGACGAACUCCAUCCCUCCAGGGAAAGUGCCACUCUACUCUCUAGUAAUUAAACUCAUAGUCUUAAAGGAAUAGUUCACCCAAAAAUGAAAAUUCUCUCAUUUACUCACCCUCAUGCCAUCCCAGAUGUGUAUUACUUUCUUCUGUAAGUUCUUCUGUAACUUAACCAACCAUCUGCUAGCUGCCUUGAGACGUCACACAGGUCACAUAAACUACAACACAUAGAAACUGUAUCACCUAGAUAUCAUAGAGAGACUAUGUUUGUUCCCUGAACUACCAAACACAAAACCCUCAUUGACGGUCUAGAUGGCAACGUUGGAAGUGUAAUCGAGCUUGAAAUUACGAUCACCAAGGAGACUGCUGUCAAGAUGUACAGUGAAAAAGGAUUUUUUUCAUUUUGGUCUUAUCACACAAAUCCAACUGGAUCGCUUCAGAAGACAUUGAAACCUGGCUUAAACCAGAUGAAUAUAUUAGUUUAAGCUAGUCUACUCCCCCAGGUUGUUGUUAUAAACAUGAGCCUCGUCUGAAUGGUUGAGGAAAGGGUGUUGCUUCGAUUUACAGCGAUUUACAGUGAACAAAAGCCUUCAUCGACCAACUAACAAAGGACAAUGCAUCUAUGUGAACUUCUGCAGGUAAUCCAGGAUGAACUUCAAAGACAUUGGUCAUUAAUCUUACAGUUCAUACAAAAUCUUAGUUUAAACACUGGCCCUUAACACUUACUUAGUUUACUAAUUUUAAACCAUGACUUGCACUGCACACAAAUAACUAAUAUUGGCAAUAUAUUCAUGAUGUCAGCCAGAGGGGAACUGGCCCCCACAGUGAGCCUGGUUUCUCCCAAGAUUAUUUUUCUCCAUUAACCAACAUCUUAUGGAGUUUUGUGUUCCUUGCCACAGUCAUCUUCGGCUUGCUCACUGGGGUCAAGAUACAAGUUCAGUUCUUUUGAAGUGAUAGUGCUUAAUGUGACAUUGUCUGAUAUAAUGAUGUAGCUUUUGCUACAGUAUAUAGACCAGUGGUUCUCAACUGGUUUUGCUUCGGGACCCAGAUUUUACAUUGAACAUCAAGUGGUGACCCACCAUAGUAAAAAAGUAAACUGUAUUUAUAUAUAUUUAUAUUUACAUAUAUUACACAAGAGGAAAUCUUAAUAAUUUGUCACCAAGACUUGGAAGUCCAGACUUUAAAGCCCUUUAUGUACUUUCCCUUAUAUUUACAGUGUAAUGCCAAAUAAGCACAGGUAAGACCAUGGAUGCUCCUCAUUACCAUGGUUAGGUCAGUGUAGAUAGUCUUAAAUAAUAAUUAUAAUAAUGCUGAAUAAAAAUGAGGUUUUACUUGACUUCCUCCAAAGCGCUUUAAACUAGAAAACUCUCAUUAGAAUUCGAAUGGGUAACAUCAGUUUUGAGGUCUGGUGCCGCACUAUUGAGGGAAACCCGGUUGUUGUGCGCGCAAGCCAGAGAGUAAAGCAGAUAAUAAGCACAAGCUGAUUCCAUUACACUCUCGAUAGAUGUACUGUUACAUUGUCUUCUAAAGCAAAGAAAAUGGGUGUUAUAUUUGAUAGCAAUCUGUCCUUUGAAAAUCAUAUUUCCAAAGUUUGUAGAAUAGCAUUCUUCCACCUCAGAAAUAUUGAUAUGCAAUGACACAUGCUCUCUGUUUCUGAUGCUGAAAAAUUAAUUAAUGUGUUCAUGACCUCAAGACUAGAUAAUUGUAAUGCAUAACUGGGAGGAUGUCUUGUAGGUUCAGUAAAUAAACUUCUAUUGGUUCAAAAUGCUGCAGCUAGAGUGCUGACUAGAACCAAGUAAUAUGAUCAUAUUAGCCCUAUUUUAUCAUCAGUGCAUUGGCUACCUGUUAAAUAUUGUAUUAAUUAUGUUAACUACUUACAAAGCUUUGAAUGGUCUAGCUACACAGUAUUUAAGCAACCUUCUAUCAUGCUAUAAUCCAUCACGUUCACUGCAGUUGCAAAAUUGCAGCCUGUUAAUAAUAAUCCAAAUAAGGAGGUAGAUUAUUUUCUAGUUUGGCUCCUAAACUAUGGAAUAGUCUUCCUAGCAUUGUUCAGGAUUCAGACACACACACACACACACUCAGUUUAAGUUUAGACUAAAGACUCAUGUUUUCAUCCAGGCAUACACCUAAUUUAUCCCUCAACUCAUAGUUACACUGCAUUAGUCAGGUCUGCCGAAACCGGAAACACUUCUCAUAUUCUAUAAAUCUACAUUAAAGUGAAUGGCAUCUACGCUAAUAUUAUUAUAUUUGUUUCCCUGUCUCAACCUCGUGAUACAUAUCCUGAGGUUACCAAAGCCUGCCAGAUCCAGCUCCGAUCCUGCCUGAUGUCCCACUGAUAGGCGUCACUGAGUGAUGAUGACUAACUGCAGCCUAUGCCAGCCAGACAGCACUUCAGUCUACUAUGAUGGACUUCACAGAGGAUGAUCUGCUGCCAACUCCAACCAUAAGACAUGGGAUACUUCACUGGCCACUGCCUGAACCUUGGACUUAAGAUGGACUUUACUGGAAAUGAACUGCCCAAGCUUCCAGCCGGACUGCGAUGCCCAUCACUGACCUCUGCCUACAUCAUCUUGGUUAAAGGAUGGACUACACUUUCCUAAAAUGAAAUACAUACACUCCCGGGCAAAAAAAAAUGGACCAAGCCCAAAAUGGUAAACAUUAAGCUUUCAAUGGUCUACACAGCAAAUCAUUGGUCAGGAAAUGAGCAAGAAUUAAACAAAUGCACUCCUGGUGCACUUCUGUGCCACCAUUUGCUCAUUAACAUUUGCUGCAGUGAACUGUUUGGGAAAAAGAUGGAAACAGGGAAUUGGAAAAGGUAAUGUCAGGCACAUCCGAGAGACAGGUCAAGAUAGAGUAACUUGUGGAUCAGUGUUGACUCAAGAUGCGAACUGUUUCAAACGAUUCAGUCCGAUUUGGUGAACUAGUUCAACUCGUUCACUAAAAAGAACCGGUUCAAAAGAACGAUUCGUUCACGAACUGGACAUCACUAGUGACGUCACCUCCCCACUUCGAAUGAUGGCUAGAGGAGGAGCUGUCGAUCAAGAACUAGUGGACGCAAAACACCCCCUGAUUUACAUGAAACUCUACUCACAAGUUUUGGAAAACCAAGGGCAGAACUUGGAAACAAACGCAAAGAAAAAUACAGCAGGGGUUAUCUGAGUUACCGUAGCCUUUCUGUCAGCUCGUCCAGUCUGGCCAUUCUCCGUUGACCUCUCUCAUCAACAAGGCGUAUCCGUCCACAGAACUGCCACUCACUGGAUGUCUUUUGUUUUUGGCACCAUUCUGAGGAAACACUAGAGACUGUUGUGCAUGAAAAUCCCAGGAGAUCAGCAGUUACAGAAAUACUCAAACCAGCCCAUCUGGUACCAACAAACAUGCCACGAUCAAAAUCGGUGUUUGAGCUUCACUCUGGGCCGAAGCCGUUGGUGUUUGUGCUUCAUUCAUUUCUCUCUGCCAAACUGGCACGUUUGGGACUGCUUACGUAAAACCAAAAGAAAAAAAUGCCGGUUAUUUUGAUUUAUAGCUAGUGUUUUUUUUUUUGCUCAAUCAGUUUUUCAGAAUUCUGCUUCUUUGUUAGCGGAGUAGCCAAACACAUUGCUGAAUGAUUGGUGUGUGUGUGUGACUUUUUUUUUUAAUGCAAAACACAAUCCCAUUUUCCUCAUAUCAAGAAAACUAGUUGUGCCUUCUCAUCUAGAGUCAAGCUUUUACAAAUAUUUUUCCAGGCUUUAAGGUCACAGUUAAGCAUUGCAGGAUAACCCAAAUCCAUCUAUUAUUCUUGUAUUUAUUUAUGUUUGUUUUAUAUGUAUUUCGUGUGUGUGUGUGUGUGUGUGUAUGUGUGUAUAUAUAUAUAUAUAUAUAUAUAUAUAUAUAUAUAUGUUUAUAUGUUUUGCAUGGCAAUGGCUGUUACGUCUAACAGUAUAUUUUAUAAAUGUAAUAUGACUAUAAAUAUGCAUCAUUGUAAUGUACACCAGCUGUUUAUGCAGAUAUGUAGAGAAUUUAAGCUUUAAUAACAUUUCAAAUCAAUUUCCCCCACUUAAGAAAAAAAAUGGGCCCUAUUUAAAGAGCGCAAGCGUUAAGGGCAGCACAAUGCCUUAAGUCAUAAGCACAAAGCUAAUGGGCAUGGCCAUGAAGUUUUGGUAUUUUCAUGCAAGCAUGUGCUAAGUCUAGGCGCAAGUGGGUUUGGCGAAAUAUUUCUAAAUUCAAAUUACACUUCAACGAAAACAAAUAUAAUCAAAAUAAGGAAGUGGUCAAACAAAUAAUACCAAAUCCAAACAUUUAACUCUCUCCAACUUCUUACACCGGCCCAUUUUGCAGUGACUUAAAAUCACUCUACGACAAUGGGAGGAAAAAUACCAAUAUAAAUCAGAUCAUAAACAAAAUUGUAAAUAUAAACAAUAAUAAUAAUUAAAAAAUAAUCCAUGAUAUGUAGAUAAUUUUAAAACAAUCUCAUUUUUUUUUUUUUUUUAUUAAAACUGCUAAGACAGUGAUUGUCAACGCACCCACCCAUGGCCACUUGCACUUUGCGCAGUCACGAAAAUUGCACUUAGAAUUAGCACUUUCACGAAAAUUGGAUAAGAUGUUUUAUAGGGGCCUUUAGCCCCUGCAACAGGGGGGCUUUUACCCUAAAUACUAUCCUUUCACUUACAAUUUUUAGUGCAUUGUUGACAAACAUGUGUUUAGGUAAGUGCUGUGGUAGUUUUGUUGCCAUUUAGUGUUUUGGAAGAAAAUAAAAUCAAGGAGCCUUUUACCCCAUGGGGCCUUUAGCCCUGUUGUACCCUAAGGUUUUGCUUUUUUUAAUUGGAAUAAUUCAUUUCUCAGCAUAUUUAGAAAUAAUGUAUUUUAUAUCUGUUCAUAUGUUUUUGGCUCAUUUAUGACCAAACCAGCACCAGGCCUUAAAAUGAUUAAUUGUACAUUGAACGUGCACUCCUUGAAGGUGUUUUUCAAUGCCACCUAGCGGCAUAAAUACAGCAUCAUGCAAAAACAGAACUUCUCUGUUAUCGAUGUCAUUAUUGAAGUGUACAGAGCCCCCGUAAGCUUCCUCGUCUAACUCAACAUUAAAUCUAAGCAAAAACUCAACAUAAAAAAAACCUGCAAAGACCUAACCACCUUGGCAACUUUAGCAAAACUUCUUGAAAUGUCACUCUACCAACUAGAGCUUCUUUACCAUUGCCAUUUCUGAGCAUAUGGGGGCCCUAAGCAAAUUCCUACUUGGAGGCCAUACCCCCCAUGACAUGUUUAACGCUUUAUAAUGAGAUCAUCAAAUGGCUGCAGGGCUCUGCGUCGGGGUGGACGAUAUGCUAGUAUAAACGUGUUAACUGCUUGAAAUGUUCAAGUAUAGCGGUCAUGCAAAAUCCCACCGCAUGACAAAGAAUGCAUGUUCCAAAAAAUAAUUAUAUUGUAAUUAUCAUAUUAUUUUUAUCAGUCUUUUGCUUUAUUUUACUGUACUUGUGCUUUAUUUUUGCAUUUCUCACGGCCUUGGAUGAUAGUGCUCCACUCUCUCGCACGCACCCGCGACCAAGCACAGUGUGCCGGGAGAGGGAUAGUUUUAACACACAAAACUGGAAAACGCUUUCUCGAUUAAUCAGCACAAAUCUGAUUGGCUGGUUCGAUGGAACUUCCGACAGUAGACGCACACAGGAUGUUUCAUCAGUCCACCUGGAAGCUGAGUUGUGUUCACAAUGUUCUACAUUGAUAGAAUGAGCACUUUUGAGGAUGAAAUAAUAACAGAAUUUGCCCAAGUUUGACAGGUUAGUGACAUCAAAUCUUUUAAAGAUAUGUAGAGUUUCAUUGGAGGCACAUAGCAGAAAGUGAAGCAGAUAAUCACUAGCAGAUCCGCAUUUUCUGCUGUGUUUACUUGGUGGCUGCAGUGUGUACGUGGCAUAGGAAAGGCAUAGAGAUGAGAUAUACAAAAGCCCCACUUCCCUUAGUUACUGACACCUUCAAGCUUUCCUGUCGGCAUCUGUUUUGCCACAAAGCACAGAGAAGUGAUCACACUGAGUAAAUUACCUCAGCAAAUAUUAUAUAACACAUUGCAAAAUAGUUUGGCUCCAUUGAGAAGUAGUUUGCCCUCCCUUGCUAAAUACAGUAGUUUGAAAGUCUCCUUUCAAGAUGGUUACUCGAGACAGAUUUUGUCUCAUCUGUCUUCUGGACUGAUUUGUGUUGAUCAGCCUGAAAGAUGCAUACUUUCAUGUGUAGAUAGUCCCUCAUCACAGGCCAUUCUUGAGAUAUCACCUUUGAGGGCACUGCCUAUCAGUUCUCAUGAAUUUGCACCCAGCACCACAUGUAGAAUAAAGCAGCUUUUCUCUAAGACUGAUAUGACGAGUUUCCAACUCCUUUUAAACAUAUUUUUCAAAAACACUAUUCUAUGAUUUUGAUUUAUUUUUGUUUAAAAGUUUAGCUAUUUGCAAACUCAACUGAUGAGUGCACCUUCAAUGUACGGCUUGUGCUUUAGAUGAGCAUUUAGCCUGUAUUAGCACUGAUAUGUGCAGGGUUGGGGAGUAACUGAAUACAUGUAACAGGAUUACAUAUUUAAAAUGCAAAAUAUUAGUAACUGUAUUCCACUACAGUUACAAUUUAAAUCAUUGGUAAUCAGAAUACAGUUACAUUCAAAAAGUAUUUUGAUUACUGAAGAGAUUACUUUGCAUUUUAUUGUCAUUUGUUUCAUUUAAUAUUUAGUCCUUUCAGAUGAAAAACAUUUAUACAUAUAAAUGAUGUGAUCCAAAGUAAAUUUGAACAGUGGUGAAACACUUUCUUAUGAUGUGUUACAUUCAUAUGAGCAGACAGAGAAGUAAGUUUGAAGUAAGUCUGGAGCAGAAGAAAUAGAAAUAAACCUUGUGUAAAUUGUCAGCUUUAUGCUAAGCUAAAAUGCUAUUUCUAGCCAUUUUAUAUGCACGUUACCAGGCACGAUCAUAUUUUUUAUCAAGAAAAUUCCCGUUAGAUCAUAAUUAAUUUUUUUUCUAGUUGAUAUUAGAGGAAAAUCAUAUUCUUGAUGAUAAUUUUUUUGUUUUCCUGUAAAAAUAUCUAAAAAUCCUUAAAACAAGAUCAAUUUGAUUUAUCUUGUUUUAGAAACAACACUGCAUAAGAUAUUUAGGUUUUGCAGAGAAUGUAUUUUUAAUGUGUAUUUUGUCAUACUGUACUGGCAGAGUUUUAAUAGUCAAAAAAUCUACCAGUGCUGAAGAAGUAAUCCAAAGUAUUUAGAAUACAUUACUGACCUUGAGUAAUCUAACGGAAUAUGUUACAAAUUACAUUUAACAGCAUGUAAUCUGUAGUGUUUGAAGUAUGUUGAAGUAAAUUCACUUGGCCUGAGGAUUAUAUACAGCAAUUAUAGCAUCAUUAUACAGUAUAUCCUUUAAGAUUUUAGCAUUUUAUUUAAUGCAUGCAAUGCAGAUACAAUCCUAUGCAAUUUUGCUAGUUUAAUUGCAUUAGGCAACUUGCACAGUAUUUCUAUGUUUAUUGGGACUAUAACAAGUGAGUUGGUUGGGUCCAUUAAAAAUGAAAAAGUUAAAAUGCACUAUGUGUGAAUGUGGCAGGGCGGAGGGUGGGGCCGGGUCGUGAUUCUGAACACCCGGCCCCUAUCUAGGCUGAUUAAGCCUGAGAGGCAUAAGGCCGACCGGAGACGGCAGUGCGACAGAGAGAGAGUUACGGACAACUGUCCGACACUUGUGUGUGUUUGGUUCAGUUUAUUAUUCAAAUAUUCUUUAUAUUGUCAAGCCGGUUCUUGCCUCCUUUCCAUUGAAUGCGUUACAGUGUAUAAGGACCACACAUGCAAAAUCUGUGAUGACUUUUAAGUGACCUUAACCAUUUAUAGUCUAUUGUACAUAUUAACCCCAGAAAUAUUUCACAAUCAGAGAGACAAACAGUUUUUUUUUUUACCCACAUGGUGGGCUUUAGUGGCUCUUAAGUCUCCAUUAAAAUAGAAGAUGUUAUGCUUUAGACUGGCAUUCUAUGGUUAUUCUAUUACUGAUCUGGAAAAUUUUUGGACAUAUGAAGUGAUGUUGCAUGUUUUCCAUGUACGUGAUUAGGUCAAGCCUCUUACUGAAGAUUGUACUGUGCGUUCUCUUAUUUAUGAAAUUGUUAACAAAUGAACGAUUGCCCAGGAUAAUAAAUUGCACUUGCAUAAGUCAGAUGUUUGAACCUGUCAGUCGGAUAUUUAACAUGACCAAUGCUUCAGACUAUGAAUGUACUUGAUAUAAAGCUUUCUUUUAAAGUCCAAAGUUCACUUGUGGCAGCUUGCAGUAAACAAUCAAAUGCAAAUCUAUACAUGUAUGAUACGCUCACAGCCUAUAACCUAAAGCUAUGCAAUAUGUCUAUAUGUAAAUGUCUCAUAUAAAUAAACACAUAUGUUCAUUAAA